AUGACGCGUAGAAGUGUCGCCUUUAGUAUGUGUAUUUUAAUUUAUUGGUGUAUUUUUACAGUCUUAGCCAGUAGUUGCUCAGUGAAUGAUUUCGACAUUGCUGCAGACAACGCUGUUAUAACUUGUAUGACCAAUGUGUCGUGUGAGGCUGGGUGUUAUCGUGGUUACAUAUUUCCGAAUGGGCGGACUAAUGAAUCAUAUAUUUGUCAGGAUGAGUUGUGGACACCGGUGAUAUCGACAUGCAAACCAAUUCCUGAAGUUUCUGUAAAGUAUGCAGUCACUUGGUUUUUUUCGGAAGUUGUGCCAUACCAAUGUGGGAAUAUCACAGCAAAAUUUAAUGAUUCAAAAGAAAUACUAGAGAAGACAUUUGCAUCCGUGUGCAAAACAAUUAAUAAGACUAUCUUUUUCACGUAUUCUACGCUGUCAUUUACGAUUACUGCAACAUUUACUGCAAAAUACAACAAUUUCUCAAACUGGAAUGCACUUGAAAAGUGUAAAACUUUGACCAUCAUAUCGUUUAAAAAACUAUCAGUCAUUAAGACAAUAUUUGACAAUGUAUCUUGCGGAAACUCCCACCUAAAUCGCACGAUUUUGAAAGAAUUCCGUAUUGAAGACAGUCAUGAGCAAUGUUCAAAUGGAAUGGAAAUUCACAACGUGACAAGAUCAUCGGGUGGAACCUUUGGUGUAUAUUGUGAUUGUAUUGUGCCUGAGAUGACUGAAGAAGUAAAUACCACAAGUAGUUUGAGCAUUCGUAAAUGCACCACUUCUGUCACUGAAACUACAAAAUUCAACACAACUACGAAAGUUGGUCUUUCAUUAAGAUCAAGUAACGACGUUAUUGUGCAGCAGCAGAGAAAGCACGGACCAAACAGAGAAACCUACAUCAUGAAGGUAGUAGGAGAUUGUGUAUUGGUUAAGAUGGUUAGUUUUGAUAGGAAACACACACUAGAUGAUAAGAAGGAGCAAGACCCUUACAAGGUCAUAGCUCAACCAAAUGAGGACAUUCCAGUUUUCACAAUUCGAAAGGAAAAUGGUGAGGGUUGUAUCCGAACCCUACACAGAAAUCUCUUACUUCCAAUCAGUUUCCUGAACAAUUCUCCACUUACACCAGCUCCAAGGAAAACAAGAACAAAGUCUGUGACUAAAAGAGUCUGUGAGGAACCUAGAAAUACCCAGCAUGGAGAAUCUAGAGAGAGUGCUUCAAAAGAUGAUUCUGUUUGGGGUAUUGUUGUUAGUCAUGAAGAGCAGGAAACCAGCAGUCCAGUAACCGCUGAUGAGACUUUCAUUGCUCAGGAGACUAAUGGAGAGAAUCAAGAUUCUAUCGCUAGAGAUAGAGAAUGA